GCCUGCACAUGGGCGCGCGGCCGAGGCGCGCGGCGCAGAGCGGAGCGGCGCUGGGCAGAGCGGGCGGCGGGAGUGGCGGUGUAGCUGCGCGGCGGAGGGGCCUCUCCCGCUCCCCUGCUCCGGCGGCCUCCAGGCGCCCCUCGCCAGCGGGGCUCGCCUCGCCUCUGCCCCCGUCUCACCGCGCUUCGUAGCGGCGCCGCCGCGAGAGGAAGGGGAAGGAACCGCUGCCGCGCAGCUGCCCCGAGGGAGAGCCCACCAUGUCGCGGCCGCUCCCGCUGAACCCCACCUUCCUACCUCCCACCUACGGGGUGCUGAAGUCCCUGCUGGAAAACCCGCUCAAGCUGCCGCUCGCUCAUGACGACGCAUUCGGUAAAGAAAAAGACAAAGAGAAGAAGUUAGACGAUGACAGCACCAGUACCACAGUCCCUCAGUCAGCUUUCUUGGGCCCAACAUUGUGGGACAAGACACUGCCAUAUGAUGGAGACACUUUCCAGUUGGAAUACAUGGACCUGGAAGAAUUCCUCUCAGAAAAUGGCAUUCCACCCAGCCCAAACCAGCAUGAGCAUAGCCCGCACCAGUCAGGUCUCCAGCAAGCUACCUCAGCAUCACCUUCUGUCAUGGACCUCAGCAGCAGGGCUUCUACUUCAGUCCAUCCAGGCAUGGUGUCACAGAACUGCAUGCAGAGCCCGGUCAGACCAGGUCAAAUCUUGCCAGCAAACCGAAACACACCAAGCCCUAUUGAUCCUGAGACUAUCCAAGUUCCUGUCGGCUAUGAACCUGACCCUGCAGAUCUUGCUCUUUCCAGUAUUCCUGGCCAGGAGAUGUUUGACCCUCGUAAGCGCAAAUUCUCUGAAGAAGAGCUGAAACCACAGCCGAUGAUUAAGAAGGCUCGCAAAGUCUUCAUUCCCGAUGACCUGAAGCAGGAUGACAAAUACUGGGCAAGGCGCAGAAAGAACAACAUGGCUGCUAAGCGAUCGAGGGAUGCCCGCCGGCUGAAGGAGAACCAGAUCGCCAUCCGCGCCUCGUUUCUGGAGAAGGAGAACUCGGCUCUCCGCCAAGAGGUGGCCGACUUACGGAAAGAGCUGGGCAAAUGCAAGAACGUCCUGGCAAAGUACGAAGCUCGACACGGCCCCCUGUAAAUUCAGGGCGGGGGAGUGGGUUUUUUUUUUCUUUUUUCUUUCUUCUUUUCUUUUUUUUUUGUUGCGGGUUGGCAUUUGACUAGAUGGACAAUGUGUUUCCUGUUUGAUAGCACCACACCCAAACCAACCUUUCUGUCUUCAGCACUUUACCAGAAGCAGAAACAAAACUGACUUACGUUAUUUUUGUUGUUGUUGUUGUUUGCGUAUGCGUGUACCUGCGUACGUGUGCGCAUGUGUGCUCGCGCGGCUGUGUAUGUGUGUGCGCGCUUGUGGGUGUGCAUGUGCGUGGGUGGGUGUGCGUGCGCACGCAUCUCGGCACUUCCCAUUUUUAGGAAGCCCUCUUCAAAGGGUGCCACAUUUUUACCUGGACUGUUGAGAAACCGCCAUAGUAAGCUUUUUAUUAUAUUUUUUUCAGUGCUGCUUCAGAGUAGGGUUUUUGUUAUUGUAACCAGUUCCAUCCUCCUGAUUUACUUGGAAAGAUCCCAGUAUAAAUUAUUAAAAAAAAAAAAAAAAGGGAAAAAAAAAGAAAAAAGAAAAAAAAGUAGAUCUCAGUUUUCUCGAGAGUAACAAGCUAUUGUUUAAGUAUGUCUAAUCAGAAAAGUUAACAUGCUAAUAAAGUGCACAAAUAAUAAUUUAGUACUACACUGCAGAAAUAUUAAUUUAUAGAUUGCUUUUGUUGUAUUUUAAGUUUUGGUGAUAAUUGUCUUCAGAUUUAAAGUGCUGUUAGACUGAGUUAGCUAUACUCAUCAUAGAUCCCCUGAUGGCUUCUCUAGCUGUUAAGGUUCCUUUCACUCGCACAGACCCCAGGUAGGAGUACUGUUGCUAGACCACAGAGUGUGUAUUUUGCACUGUCCGUACCUGAAGCAAUAAUCCUGUUGUACGCUAGCGCGCAUGCUGCCCGGGUGUUCCUAGUGGACGUAGGAUGGUUUCCCUACCCGACAGGAAUUUUGAUGUCUUUAACAAAGAGUUAAAAAGUAAAAGACACGUUAACGUGAGCAUGCUAAUUGUAUCCCUGCUAUAGGGAGCGCAUGUAUAAGAAGCAGGAUAAUUAGUUGAAACGAGAACAAAAUUAAUAGUAUCGAAUCAGAUCCGAAGUCGAAACCAGAGGGGCUUUUCUGUUUUCAGUUAGUUAUGCAUUUCUUCAAGUUCCAUUUUGUGACUAAAAAUGAAAUAAAUACCUACAUUCAGUUGGUUUUUUUCCCAUGUUCUGUAAUAUAUUUUCUGUGGAUUAUAUCUUGCUGUUUUAAAAAUCACUUUUAUUCAGUUAGAAGUCGUCACUGGUUUGCAAAGCCCAUUUUUCCUAGUGAUUGUUGUUCUGAGUGUGACAUGAACUGAUGGUUCUGAACUUUGUUGUUUUAAACUCUAUUUGCUUUUGAACACGUAUGUUCUAAUAUAAAGUGGACUUCUGAAAAAAUGAAUGUAAGAGACACUGGUGUAUUUCAGAAGGGGAUGGUGUUGUCAUAUACUGUGGUUAAUCCAAUCAAUCUAAGUGUUUACUAUAGACCAAAAGAAUAGAUAUUAUAAAAUGUAUAAAGUUUAUACAGAAUAAUUAUAGUAUGUUCGUUUUGUACAGUAUUUUUCAAGUACAAAUACUGACAAUGUAUUUUGAAAGACAUAUAUAUAGCAAAAAGAAAAAGCUAUUCCAUGUUUAAAAUAUAUAGCAAAGAUAUAUAUUCUCCAUUAUUGUACAGAAAGGAAAUGCUUAGGGGUUUGUUGGUUGUUGUUUUGGGUUUGUUUUUUUUUAAAGAAAACUUUAAUAUUUUAAGGCUACCACUGGCACACCGGCAUGUUCUGUGCUUUAAAUUAAAUCUUUAUGGAAGUAAUAUGGCUUUCCAGGAUGUUCCAUAUUACUGAAAAAGAGACUAUUAUUUUCCUUCAGAAACACACAAAGAAACUGUUUAAUAGGGACAAAGCACAACAUGGAUUUUAAUCAACUCUUGAUUGGACAAUACAAUAUUUUGUAAAGGCAGAAAAAUAAUAUAUAACACACACAAAAAAAACCUCAUCGUCAUUUCUAAUCUGCUGCUGCUGCUAGAACCUGUUUCCAGCUGAAAAUCUUUUAUAAAUAGCUCUGUUCAUGUAUACAGUUGUACGUACUGCAUACGGUUAUUAACGUGUGAGGAAAAUAUGGUGCUACAUGUCUUGCUCACAGUUUUCUACGUGUUUUGACAUUAUUUUCAAAUAAAAAGGUUGUUCAUUCCAUUAAAUCAUCAUUCAUGCUUCAGGAGAUCGUUACAAAGGACUCAACAUUUUGUGCAGCAUUAAAAAUAUCCUCGCAUCAGUGGCAUUUUUCCAGUAUUUUUCCUCAAAAAUACCCACCUUGUCAGCGUCCCUUACCGUGCAGUACUUGCCUGUGGACCAUUUAUUCAGCAAAUUGAAUUUCCAUGUGCUGCAGCAAAGUUUAAAGCAUAGUAAGCUAUUUUCUAAAGGUCAGUAUAAGCACUGGAUGCAUGGGUAGAGAAAUUAGACUGACCGACUGGCACCAGUCGGUGCAUCUGCUAUAGCCACUAUGAAAUAAACUCUACUUUUUUUUUGCCUUUGGAAGAAGCGUGACUGUGGCAGGGCUCGGCCAGCCGCUGCUGUGGAUACACUUUUAGCAGCAACACAGCAAACCGCAACAGCUAAUUGCCCUCAGGAUGAUUAACCUUGGGGUGACACCUGACCAGCAGGAACGGUGCGUAAGAGACCAGCCGGUACGUACCUAGCCAGGGCUGUCGCCGCGUUGCUUGGUGACCGCAAAACUUUCUCUGAAAUGGGAAAGGCAGCUUGGAAAAAAAAAUACAGAUAAUUCUUUUGUUUCUUUUGGGCAGGGAAGGGGGGGAGACGCUAAUUUUUGUAGGAUGUCACAGAUUUAUUGUCACGGCCGCAGGGGAGCGCAGCGGUUCCCAGCAGCUACCUCGUCCAGCAGCCCCAAAGGUGCCCAGAUGCCUCCUUGCCCCGUCCGGCCGCGAGCAGGGCCUGCGGCUGCCCCGGGGCUGGAAGCGUGCCGGGCCGAGCGGGAAGGGCAGCUCAGCGGCAGCCGGCUCAGCGCGGGCCGCCCUCUUCCCGGUCGGGGCAAGGGCUUUCCGGGCACUCGGCACUCGCCGUGGGAGCUGGGUACCCUGGCUCCUUUGAAAAGCUCGCCCCUAAGAAAAUUUAAGAGAGGAGAGAAAAAUAAAAGGCAAAACAUGUGGGCUAAGUCUUGGUGGGGUAAAAACCCAACAGGUUCUCAAACCAGGCUGUCUCCCCAAAAUAGCAAAUAAAUAAAUGAAAGCUUAGCUCAUUUUCAGUUCCUGAGGACAGCUUAGCUGGGCGCGUCACACCUCUGAUGGCUUUGUUGCUCAUGAAGGAGCUUGUAGGUAUAUGAAAUUGUAAUUUUAUAAAAAUAGAAAUAUAUAUUUGCAGAAUAAUUAAUAGUGUGUCUAAAUAAUUCACUGACCUCUAUUAAACCGUAAGCAUUGGUAAAAUGCUUUUUUUUGUUGUUGUUUCGCUGUUUUUGCUGAAACUCGGAAGCAAAUUCUUUCUUUUUAAAAAAGAAUGCCCUCUAAAAAGAACCCAAAUUUCAGAGACGUUUGUGAAUACGAGCACCUUGGGGCUCUCCGGGGGAAGCCCGUGGCGGUGGGGGGCAGAUUAUUUUUUUUCUCUUUUGAACGGCGCUGAAGUCACCAAACCCAGCGCCAUGGAAAUAGAGUUCUGACUUGAAUCCACACAAGCAAGAAAUUCAAAAUGCAAGGAAGGCGCGGGCCCCGCUCGGCUGCGCGGUUGUGCGGCGCGGGCGAGCCCACCGCGCUCCGUCGCCGCGGGGCGGUUCGGGAGUGCCGCAGGACCCCGGCAUUGGAGCAUCUUGCCUCUGUGGGUUUGUAAUGACCCCGGUUACUGCUUUAAACCGAUCUUUGCGUGUAGUUUCCACUAGAGCUGUGCAGUUUAUUUUUAUGUCAUUGACUUUUUUUAUGUGAAGGAAAAAAAUUGUAUUAAAACUUACAAGUGAUCAACCAUCGUAUUUCUGGCAACACCACGGGACAGCAUCUGUUUAAAUACAAGUCUAACAAAUAAGAUCAAAUUAGCUGUAUGACACGAGAUGGAUUGCAGCCUGUAUGCUCUUCAGCCCAAAUCGUUUGCUUUUGGUUUUUUUUUUUUUGUCUGUUAUUAAUGUUUAAUAAACUUUUAAAUUUUUCUUCUCUCA